AUGGCGGCAUCGUCGCACAACUUUUUCCCUCGAUCGCCCAAUCUAUCAACAAGGUCAUACGACUCAUCUUCUGUGUCGUCGGCAACUUCACCCAGGCCCUCAACCCAGUACAUAGGCAGUAUCAUGGGCACAAGUACAAGGUCGAACAUUGUUCAUACUCCUCAGCCUAUCGGUAUUCCCCCUCUGUCAUCCGCCAGUCAGUCAGCAUUCCAGCCAUACACACCGAUGACAGGGAACUCGGUGAUGGGCCGAGACUCUCUACCAUCGAAUGAUUCAGUGGUAGGCACACCAGGGCUGUCGAAUGCACAACUGUCAGCCAAUGUUCAGGCGCAGAAGCGCGCGUAUCGUCAAAGACGGAAAGACCCUAGCUGUGACGCCUGCCGGGAGAGAAAGGUCAAGUGCGAUGCGACAGAGACGACCAGCUGCUCAGAGUGCUCAAGUAGAAACGUCAAAUGUCAGUUCACUAAGGAGACGAACCGGCGCAUGUCUUCUAUCAAGCAAGUACAGGACCUUGAGAAGCAAAUUGAGCGAGUCCGGAGGGAAAAUAGCAGUCUCAGAAGGAUGCUGAGCGAGCGCGACGGACAGAUGAUGGACGUUGAUAUGGAAGGAAUCGAUCAGUCGCCAGUACAGAUUCCUGAGAUCAACUCAAACCCCAAGCAACGGAUUAGGGCAGUGCCAAAUCAUGACCCAGCCAGAGAACGGGCGAACUUUCGAAAUUUCUCAAAGGGACUCUUCAAACCGCCAAUGCCAUACCGACAACCACCAUCGUCCAUAUUAUUCGAUCCUCCACUGCCGCAAUUACCACCUAGAGCGGCGACAACUGCUCUGCUACAUUCAUAUUAUGGGGCUGUGCAUGUGAUGAAGCCCAUCUUACACUGGCCAACCUUACAACAUGGUGUCGAUGAACUGUACCAGCCAGGUGGUAUGCAGAGAGCCCCAAAGUCGUGGCUUUCCAUGUUCUUCGCAAUACUCUCCGUAGGCAGCUUGUUUUGUGCCGAUCCUGCGGACCGUAGUUACCGAGCAGGAGAGUUCUUAGAGAUAUCCCGUGGUCUAACAGAUGCAUGGAAUAACGAUUUUGACCUCGACAAUAUUCGAGCCUCCUUUCUGACAGUCUUGGCAUUGCUGGAACUCAAUCUCAAAUCUGCAGCAUGGGCAUGGUUGGGGAGCGUUGUGAGAGUGGCGCAAGAUCUCGGCUUGCACCUCGAAACAGGGACACGCUCCCGCCUGGAUGCAGAUAUGAGGCGGCGGGUGUGGUGGGCAAUAUACAUAGUUGAUCGAACAACAGCCUUGGAACUAGGUCGACCUGCCUUAAUCAACGAUUCGGAGUGCGAUGUUGCCCUUCCUGAGCCUAUCGACGACCACUUCUUGUCGCCCGAAGGCCCAGUGCAUCCCCCGAACGCGGAGCCUCUAACACACUCUCUCCACGUAAUCAUCAACGUCGUUCGUUCUAUUCCUGCGAUUAUGCAGGCAUUUAAUUCUUCACCUAUAGCGCCGACACGGCUAUCGACCUUUGAUGCGCAUUUCGCAGCCUGUCAAAGGGCGUUUCCUGCUGCUUGCGAACCUUCAAGCAGCUUGCCGAUCCCUCCCCAUAUGCUUAUGCCACUGGCGUACCUUCUCAGCACCCGACUUCUCCUUCAUCGGCAUAAUCUUGCUCCAGCUUGCCCCCCAGGCGUACGUGCGGUGGCUAUCGAACAAUGCACCCAUACAGCAAUCGAAACAGCGCUUCUGAUCGGAAGGACGAACGCGAGUCUAGCUGAUACGGCAAAUUCACUAUUGACAACACAUAUCUUUCGAUCAGCAUCAUUUUUGAUUCUUACCGGCCACCAUGAAUAUGCAGCGACAUGUAUACGAGCGUUGAAAUCGAUCGAUAAACGCCGAGAUGUGACUAUACCUUGCGGUCGAUUUCUCUCGUUUCUGGCGUCUAUCGUCUCAAGCAAACGUGCUGAGCUCGCAGCUUAUUAUCCACGGUCGGUGCCAACACAAGGCUACCAACAUCAACCUCCAUCCACACAAGCAAUACAGGAGCGCCUGCUCGCAGACGAAGAGCUGUUGACUUAUGUCAGCACAGACUUGCAAGCUAAUGGAGAAGGAAGCUGGAUAUGGGCUGGGGCGGAGCGGGAUGCCCUUGUUGGGUCGCCCCCUGUAGGCGGUGGGCUAACUCGUGUUGAAAAUCGGACUGGCCUUACACAGGAAGAGCUUCAAGACUGGGCUGGCUGGGAUCGUCUGGAAUGUGUUCUUCGAGGGGGGCCUGCAGGUAUAACAGGGUCAUGGAUUUCCGCCCCGACAUAUACGCCGCCACUUCAUUCACAAUCCCUCCCACCGACACUUCCGCCAAUAAAAAUGGAGGGAAGCGCUUCCGUUCCUCGAACGGGCACGACGGCACCUGAGAGUGCCGGGAAUAGCCCAGUUCCUGGAGUAAAGCGCAACACCGAGCGCAUUAGCAUCGCCAACAUCAUCUAG